AUGGAUAUGGAGGCUGCUUAUGGAGGUAAUUCAGUCAAGAAGGAAGAUCAGGAGAAGAAAGCUGAAUCGAGUGGUGAUGAAGAUUGUUGUACAGAAGAGGUUCUCCAUAAGGUUGGAAAUGGAAGAAGAGCUCAGGACGAUAAAAUAAAUCAAUCCUUACCAAAUCGAAAGGAUUUUACAAGUAGCAUACAGGGCUCUUUCAUGCCUAAGAUGGAAAUGUCAUCCUCAGAAUUCAACUCAAAUGUAUCUUCUUCAGCCCUAGCGGGGCGGGCUGAUCUUCUAAAGUCAACAAAAGCUGAAAUGGGAGAAGUGAUGGAAGAAAAUCAAAAGCUGAGAAUGCACUUAGAUCGAGUGAUGAAGGAGUAUCGGGCCCUUCAGAUGCAGUUCCACGACAUGGUUCAGCAAGAACCAAACAAAUCUAGUAGUACAAUAAGCACUCAUCGAGAAACUGGAGAACCAGAGCUAGUCUCCUUAAGUCUGGGAAUGAGUUCGAGUGAUGGGAAGAAAGACGAUCAUUUUUCUAGAAAAAUCCAUGGGAAAGAAAAGGUUGAUAACGAUGAUGAUGAUAAAGAAGUGCUGGCUCUUGGAUUGGACUGCAAGUUUGAAUUGCCAAAAUAUCAAGAAAAUGAGCCUUCACCUAAUCCCAGCCUGGAGGCUAGCUCAGGAGAAGUUAAGGAAGAAGAAGGUGGUAAAACAUGGCCACCAAAAAAUAGCCUCAAGAAUGUAAGAAAUGAAGAAGAUGAGGUUUCCCAACAAAACCCUGCCAAAAGAGCUAGGGUUUCUGUGAGAGUCCGAUGUGACACCCCAACGAUGAACGAUGGAUGUCAAUGGAGGAAAUAUGGACAGAAGACUGCAAAAGGAAAUCCAUGCCCUAGAGCUUAUUAUCGUUGUACAGUUGCCCCCAACUGCCCAGUAAGAAAGCAGGUGCAAAGAUAUGCUGAGGACAUGUCCAUUUUGACAACCACAUAUGAAGGAACACACAACCAUCCCCUUCCUAUCUCCGCCACAGCAAUGGCUUCCACCACUUCGGCUGCCGCUUCCAUGCUAAUGUCCGGCUCGACAACCUCCACUUCCGGCCUAUCUCCUUCCGCAGCCUCGAUUUUGUCCUCCGCUAGUUUCAAUGGACUAAACUUUUACCUCUCAGAUAAUACAAAGCCAACGCCAAUUUACCUGCCAAAUUCUUCACUCUCAUCAUCAUCUUCAUGUCCAACAAUCACCCUAGACCUCACUACGAGCUCAAAUGCUUCAUCCCAUCUAGGCAAACUAGGCAGUUUUCCUCCUGGAUCAUAUUCUACAACACAGAAUCUCAACUUCAGCUCUCUUGAGUCCAAUGCAUUACCUCUCUCAUGGAGCAAUGGGCUUCAAGAAACCCAUUAUCAAUCUUAUUUACAAAAGAACAAUUCUAUGUCGAACUCUUCUUCACAGCAAUCUCUACCAGCAGAAACCCUUGCAGCUGCAACUAAAGCAAUCGCAUCAGACCCUAGCUUCCAAUCUGCAUUAGCAGCUGCUCUCACGUCCAUCAUUGGCCCCGGUACCAGUAGCACAGCCAGAGUUCUAGGAAGCCAAACUGCAGCAGAUAAAUCCGGCCAUAACUUGAAGCUGAAUGAUCAGUCAUUUCCUAUUCUUUCUAGCUUCCCACCAUCCACUUCAACUGUCAAUAAAUGUGCUUCAACCUUUCUCAGUUCUUCCAACCCACCAUCUUCAGCGAAUUCUCAGCCUGGAAGCUUGAUGUUUUUAUCACCUUCAUUGUCAUUCCCUAGUCCCAACAAUAACUCUACAUCCAAUGUGAGAUUGCAUUAAUAAUAAACUUUGAUAGGCAUUUGACAUUUUAAUUGUUAAGAUUUUAGACUGCCAUAGAAGUUGGUGA